AGUGACGUGCAAGAGUUCCGUCAGUGUAGCGGCGUCUGACAGACAUCGUCACCCGGACAGCGGCUUCCUUACCCGCCGAGAAAACCUGACGGCGAACAGAGCUGUAUCCAGGCGAAGAAAGAAACAUAUAUCGGAACCUUCAUUUGAGGCAGCUGGGAGGGAGAAUGAUUUUACCAAGAUACAAAGAACCAUAGGAGGCUAUAUUUAGAGGAAAUUGUUACCAUGUACUGUUUUCCUCCAUCACUCUCACUGCGUGCUACUGUACACCAGCCAGCCGAACAUCGCCUCUGUUCUCCCCUUCGAGCUGGUCAGGCUCCGACUGUAUUGGUGCUGUGGCGUCUCUCUUCUAUUUGUACAAUGAACAGAAGCCCUGAAAAGCUCAACUUGGAUAACAACAGGAAACACGAGUAAGGAGAGGCGGUCAUUUAUCAAAAAGGGUCGGGAGAAAGCUGCGGUGUUAUGCUGGAGACCAGGAGGGAGGAGGAGUUGCAGCAGUGGGAGCACCAAAAAAACCCGCAGGGUUUUAGAGCCUGUGGGGAUGGCCAUGAGCGAGGACCGAGCACACACAAGGUGUGAUUAGAGGAAACUACAUAGAACGGUUCCCGUUCCAAGAUGAAGUGGUGAUCUGGACUAAAGGCUGCCGUGGUCAGCCAACUGGAGCCCUGACAGCAGCAGCAGCAGCAGCAACACCUCCAGGAAGAGGAGAUUAGAGGAGCUGACCCCUGUGCCAUCCUAAAGGAGGCAAGACGGAAGAUAACCAUCUGUUCAUCUGCAGUUCCAAAGAGAAUUCUCCAUGACGAUGGACUCAUUGCCUUCUUAGUGUCACCAGGAUCACAUUUAACCACCACCAAGUGGCUCCAAAGUUUCAAAGACUACAUUAGGACGUCCUACUUCAUGCGCCGGCUCAGAUAUCACCCUUGUUGGCAACCACAUGUUUGAGGUGAUAGUGUGUGACUGCCGCCGCCCAUUCUCGAGCAGCAGCAGCCCCCGGCAACAGCGACCUGCACCAUGCAGUGGAGACGGCGACAUUGCUGUCCCAUCAAGAUGACGUGGACCGUCAAGCGUUCGCUAUUUCGGACCCACGUUGCUGGCCUCCUGUCGCUGGCGCUGCUGUUUACCCUCUUCUUAUUUUUCAGCCACCAAGACUGGCUGCCUGGGCGUAGCGGGCCACGAGAAAACCCACUAGCCUACACUGUCAGGGGUUUACGUGGCCCCAGGGGGGAAGCCAACCAGAGCAGCUCCCUCAGGAGCCUUUGGAGGGAGACGGGUAACAUAGCACCAAAGCCUCUACUUAAUCUUAGCUCUCAGCAGCUGGAGGGAGGAGCUGUGGAGGCAGUAGCAGGACUUGGGGCAGGGGCUGGAGUCCGAAUGGCCGUAAUGGGACUGGGAGACUCCAUGAGCACAAACAACAGUUUGCAGAAGGAGAUGGGUGUGGGAGGGAAACUCAGUGCUCAGCCCUACCGCUACAUCCUGAACGAGCCUUUCAAGUGCAGCGACAACACGCCGUUCCUCGUCCUCCUCAUCGCCGCUGAACCCAGCCAGGCAGAUGCUCGUAAUGCCAUCCGGCAGACAUGGGGCAAUAACAGCGUAGCAGGGGGCCUGGGCUUUGUACGUCUCUUCAUGCUCGGAAUGGGAAAGAACUCAGACUCCUUUCUUCAGAGCAACAUUGUGGAAGAGAGCCGUGUUUACCAUGACAUUAUCCAGCAGGAAUACCAGGACACCUAUUACAACUUGACAAUUAAAACAUUAAUGGGUAUGAACUGGGUGGCUACCUAUUGCCCCCAUGCCUCUUAUGUGAUGAAGACAGACAGCGACAUGUUUGUCAAUACAGAGUAUCUUAUUCAGAAGCUCCUUAAGCCUGAGCUGCCUCCUAGGCACAGGUACUUCACAGGCUACCUGAUGAGAGGCUAUGCACCAAAUCGAAAUAAGGACAGCAAGUGGUACAUGCCGCCAGAGCUGUACCCAAGCGAGCGUUACCCAAUAUUCUGCUCUGGCACAGGGUAUGUGUUCUCAGGGGACAUGGCAGAGCUGAUCUACCAGGCCUCUCUCAGCAUACGCAGGCUGCACCUCGAGGAUGUUUAUGUGGGAAUAUGCCUGGCAAAGUUGCGCAUCGACCCAGCUCCGCCUCCCAACGAAUUCCUCUUCAACCAUUGGAGGGUGUCUUAUUCCAGCUGCAAGUACAGCCACCUCAUCACGUCUCAUCAGUUCCAUCCAAACGAACUUAUCAAGUACUGGAACCACCUGCAAAGUAACAAGCACAAUGCCUGUAUCAACAUGGCAAAGGAAAAGAAUGGAAGGUACAGACACAGAAGGUUUCACGGGGAGCGACCUCCUUGAUUAGGUGUGCAUAGAGAUGGGUGCAUUCUAAACAGCUGGUGGAGGACUUUUUGACCUCAGCACAAUUCACUCUAUAGAAAAAGCACAUUGUAUUUGGUAGUGUACAGUUGAUGAUUGAAGCUAUUUUUUUAUUUUGAGAGAAAUGUCAAGUAUUGUAUACAUGUUAAGCUAUGUUCUUCUAAAAAGGUGCAAUGAAGGUCAUAUCUGGCCGAUGUGGAGCAUGGACAAUGAUGGCGUACGUUCAAAGUGGGGUUGAGAAAGUUUUAAGAUGAGUGCAAUAUCGCACACAGGGAAAAAAAAAACACACCAGUGUGUUUACACAGACAAAGGGAAAUGUAUAUGUAUUAUGUUGAAAGUUAUACUACCUAAAUAUGAAUGAAAAUAUCGUUGAGAAGUUAUUCUGACCUGUCUCAGUGUUUACUUUCCAGCAUCAUCAAAUAUCACAGAUUCCAAGGGGAGUUUAUCUGCCAUAUCUUGUAUUUUAUUUAAAAUAAUAAACAUGACGGCACUCCAAAUCACAUUCACGAUGACUGAGAUUGUAUUAUUUCUAAGCUUUAAGAGUAUAACUCUGCACUUGAACAAAUGUGCAAUGAACCAGUUAAUGAUUAAAUGUACUGAAUUCAAUUAUUUGUAAUUGUGUGUUCUGUUGCACUCAAACAACUCUUACAUUUAUUAUAUGACAUUUUUAUAUUUCAGACAACAGAGUUAAUAUGUGACUUAACAUCAGUCUUUGAAUGCUAAGAUCAAAUGCUUUCUUUUAAUAGACUGAUAUAAAUAUCUGCCAUCUCUUUUUCUGUGCAACAAAGGCUGAUUUGGAACCCAAGGGUUAUUGUGAAGAUAUUGUCUUCACACGGCUUUAUGUACUUCAUACAGAAUAUUGUACAAUUUAUGGGGAAGAACUUUUGAGGAAGCUCACCCGUCUUUUCAUAUUUUCUGUCAGAUGACAAAUGAAAUUUCUAUGAACCACACAUCUAGGUUUUUAUUUGUAUUACAAAGACUUGUAAGAUAUGUAUUAUGGAAUAUAUAUAUG